UUGAUCCCAUCCCCCCUUCACCAAUUCCCAGAAGGAGACGCGAAGAAGCCGAGCGGAAGGAGCGAAGGCGAAGAAGGUUCGAAAAGGGAUGGGAGAGAUGUACGGGUACGCAAGCGUGGAGAAGGCGGCGGCUGGGGACUUGGAGGCCGGGACGCUGUACCCGGGCCUCUCCCGCGGCGAGAGCGAGCUCCGAUGGGGCUUCGUCCGCAAGGUCUACGGCAUCCUCGCCGCCCAGCUCCUCCUCACCACCGUUGUCUCUGCUGCUACCGUCCUCAAUGCCUCCAUCAAUAACCUCCUCACCGAAAGUUCGGGCCUAGCCCUUGGCUUAGCCAUCGUUCCACUCUUCUUGAUGUUCCCAUUGUAUCAUUAUCAGCAAAAGCACCCACUGAAUUUCAUAUUUCUUGGGCUGUUCACUGUGUGCCUAAGCCUGAGCGUGGGUGUGGCUUGUGCAAAUACCCAAGGUAGAAUUGUGCUCGAGGCAUUGAUUUUAACCUCCACUGUAGUUUUGUCCUUAACUGGCUAUACUUUCUGGGCUUCAAAGAAGGGCAAAGACUUUAGCUAUCUCGGACCAAUUUUGUUUGCCGGUCUUCUUGUUCUCCUUCUUACAAGCUUUAUCCAGAUAUUCUUUCCUCUUGGGUCUACAUCAGUUGCUAUCUUCGGUGGGCUCGGGGCUAUCAUCUUCUCAGCUUUUCUUGUCUAUGACACGGACAACUUGAUAAAGCGGUACACCUAUGAUGAGUACAUAUGGGCAUCAGUUGUUCUCUACCUAGACAUCCUCAACCUGUUCCUUUCCCUUCUGAACUUGCUGAGAGGCAUGCAGUCAGAUGGCUAGGAGGGGGUUGUCUGAGGUUCCAGAAAAGAGAUAACAGAGCUACUUGAAUUAAGUUCCAUCUUAGUACAACCUCCACCUGUCUCUAUUUUAUCUAAUGUGAUGUUUGUCUUUAAAGUUUUUAAUGGGGUCAUAUAUUGUACAUGGAGGAUUUCUGCAAAUAACAGAGCUAGUUAAAGGCUCUUCUGUAUCCUAACUCGUAUUCUCUCGUCGGUUGUAGCCCUGUGUGCUGGUUGAUCAUAUUUUUCCAAUAUCAUGGUGAAUAUUAUUCUGCGCA